AUGCUGGAUGCCAUCGAGAACUCUCGUCUCCAGCGCCUCAAGGAGAAAAUCUCGCCCUACAUCUUUACAGCUGUGUGGCGUGCGGGUAAGUUGCUGUGCAUCCCAGAUGCAUUGUCUCGCGCCCCAGUCAGCCACCCCACACAGGAGGACGAGAUCUCGGGUGCUUCUUCCGCUGCUCAUCUUCGAACUGUCAUGGCUGUGAACGCCGUUACGCUUUCAGACGAGUCUCCAGCUCAGGAUCCCGACAGGAUACUUCAGGAUCUUCGUGACGCAGUGAAAGCAGAUCCUGCGUAUACUCAUCUACUCGAUUGUGUCACAUCAGGAUUUCCUCGCAACAGAUAUGACCUUCACAAUUCCUUACUUCCUUAUUGGAAACUACGUGAAGAUCUCUACGCCGAUGGUGACCUUGUCCUGUAUGGAGCAAGGGUUGUAGUUCCUGCCGCUCUCCGUCGUCGCACCUUGUCCCACUUGCAUGACAGCCACAGAGGUGUGGAAGCAACCAAGUGCAGAGCAAGGCAGUCAGUUUUCUGGCCUGGCAUUGACUCUGAUAUUGCCAACACAGUCAGAGCUUGUGAGGCAUGUCAAACAUUGCAGCCAUCUCAGCCGCAGGAACCUCUAAUGAAUGACGACAACCCGACAAGACCUUUCAAGUCCGUCUCAGCCGACUUCUUUGUUGUUGCAGGGAAGUCUUUCCUCGUCGUCGUCGAUCGCCUGUCAGGAUGGCCUGUUGUCGCACCCUGCCAAGGCGAUACUACCACUUCCAAUACUAUCAGGAUCUUCCGCCGCUAUUUCCGUGAAGUUGGUGUCCCCCUUCGCCUAAGGACAGAUGGAGGCCCCCAAUUCACCAGCGCAGAGUUCAAGGAUUUUAUGAAGCGAUGGGGAGUUUGA